GCACACUAUCACUCUUGCAGUCGUCCAACAAUGUCUACACUUUUUCCUUUCUUCAGCUGUCGGUCCUUCCUCAAAAAACGGCGUCCCAAGCGUCAAGCCAGAAAGAGCGAAGAGAUCAGCUCUCCUAUCUAUUCCGUCCCUGCAAGCAGAAGAAGCAGCAAACACAUCGAGCUGAAAGUCGUUUUCGGAUUUGACGCAAAAAUUCGAGGAGCCCUGCAAGCGAAACGAGGCGACAUUGUCCGUCAAAUCAACGCAAUCAACGGAUGGUUGCUCGUGCAAGCGUUAGACGGACGCGAAGGCUACAUCCCUGCGACCUACUGCGUUCCAUGCAAACAAAGAGUUGACGACCCCUCCGCAGCAGUGGGUUUGAGCGUCGCGUCUGUUUCCUCCGGAAUCGGUCCGAGCAUCGGACAGAGCGAAGAUGAAGGUCUCAAAGAUGUGGACAAUGAACGACACGACAGAGUAAAGACCAAAGGUCUGGGGACGGCCAUUGCUGUGUUCGACUUCCUAGCAGAGCAACCAGAGGAGGUAUCGAUGCUGAGAGGAGAUAGAAUGAUUGUAUUGAAGGAUGACAACCCCGACUGGCUGCGGGUUCUAUCCGAUGAAGGAAUCGAGGGAAUGGUACCCAAGUCCUACGUCUACCGACAAGACAGAAUUGAAGCAUCUUCCCUGUCUGACAUACUGUGGAUACAUGACACAUCUGAGCGAGGUUCAGCCGAUGGAAGAGAGUGGUUUGAUGAUGAUGACGAAAUGAGUGAUGGAGACCUCUCUGACAACGCAGAGACAGACGCACUAGUGCAGCUGGUUGCCAUCAAAGACUACCACACAAAUCAAGAAGGCUUUCUCAGCGUCAAAACAGGAGAGACAAUCUACACCGACAUCUCAGAGAAACGGACAGAUGGAUGGCUAAAAGUCCACUCAAUCAGGCAAGGCAAAGGUGGGCUUAUUCCCAGUCUGUAUGCAAGAACACCCAACAGAGUCACUGCUUAUGUCUCAUACAAACGAUUCGACAGCUGGGACGAUGGAAAUGGGGAAUAUACCGAGACCCAAGUUUAAUCAAACACACACGUGUGAUUUCAUCAUUCAAUAGUUGCUGGUAU